AAAUAGCACCUAUAACUUUGUCAGACAAUACGGCGGGCACAGCUGUCAAAUAAUACAAACAAUUUUCUUUCUCAUUUUUUCAUCAGCUGUUGGCUAUAACACUAUCCUAGUCUUUUCAAAAAUUUUGUAUGCGAAUUCUGCGUAUUGGAUGUUUAUUGUCGGGAUUUCCUAUUGUUUAUUUUUGUAGAUAACAAACUAUUUUCAACGCCAGUGCAUUUUAAAAUUCAGUUUGGAAUAUAACACCUGACUUUUCAUUCAUUGAUUGUGAUGGAACAUUAAUAACAAGGCUAUUUAAAUUCAAAAGUGUGCGGUUGUUUUCAUCAAGUUUAUCCAUAGUUAUCUCGCUGAGACUGAAUUUUAUUCUACUACAGUAUCCUCAAAGCAUAAUAAAGAGUCCCAAAGGUCGGCGGAGGAGAAGCCAGGCAAGAUGGGCGUCCCGCACGUGACCUCGUUCUGCUGCUGCUUCGGGCUCGAGAUGGGCGCCAAGGUCGUCGCAUACCUACACCUGCUGAUCUCAGUGUGCCUGGUGGUAGUGUGUUCGGUGUACGCGAGCAAGUUCGGCGAGCUGGCGGGCACGGCGGAGGACGUGGGUGACCACGUGUACACCACCUUCCACGCCGUCGCCGUGGGCGUCGCGGUCGUGUCCACGGGACACGUCCUGCUCGCCGCCACGCUGCUCUAUGGCGUUUAUAAGCGCAGCACGAGUGCCCUUAGAGCGUGGGUGUGGGUGAUGUGCGUGUUGUGGAUGCUGGCGCUGCUGGGGGUGCUGGUCAACUGCGCCAUGACUGGGUUCACUGGCUCCGGGUCCGACAUCUUCCUGGCAUUCCUCGAAGGACUGUUGUUCUUCAGUAUACUGGCGUACUGCAUCUUAUCAGUGAACAGCUACUACCUGAUGCUGAAGAGUUGCGAGGACAUGGAGGGGCCCCACAACACGCCCUACUAAGCUUACAGGCAAGACAGAGUGCUACAGGUAUAUGAUAUUAUUAUGAUGAUUAAUAAUGAUUAUAUUUUGUUAUGGUCAUGUUUCGAAGGUCAAUAGUGCUGUGCGACUGGUUCGAGGAAACGAUGGAUUUUCCUUGUAGAUGUAAAGUAAUACUUACAUAACAUAGUUACGAUUGUGUUGCCAUCGGGGGUGGGCAGGACCUCAAGUCAUAUAACACGACUGUUAUGUUUGAAAGAAAUAAGGAUUAAUAGAAACUAUUUGAAUAAUUUGUUAUACUGAGUUUACGUGUGGUUUACGUCGUAGUGUCAUAGGUUCGAGGCUCGGGCUCUAACCAGUGAAUUCAUUUAAUGAGUUUGCAAUAAUAUUUGGAUCAUAAAUAUCACUUGGUUACCAGGAUUUGUGCAUGUGACUUAACCAUAGCUGGCGAGGAGUGGGUGUGUAUGUAUAAUGUGCACCCAGUGGCGGCCCCAGGGCGGUGCGGGGUGUGUCACCGCACUUAACCAAGACUGGUCCACCCUGGCCGCAAGCUAACUUCAUCGGGUUAGAUUGUAUCCACAUGAAACUCAUACCGGGUGGCCGUAAACAACAUUUUUUACCCACGACGGAACGGAGCAGGUAUAUGCGUUUAGGGUGAGAGAUGUUUGUGUGUGCGUUUGUGCAAAGUAAUGUUACUACUUAUCUUCUAAACUAAUGAUCCUAUUUUGAUGCGGUUUUCAAUAACGGGUUUGUGUUUGAUGAGUUCAUGUUAUUAGACAGGUGUCAUGUCUGUAACUCACUAGGGGGCGCCACAAUAUUAGUGUUUAGAAUCAAUAUUAUUCGAAACGCCUCUUCAAUUUAUAAUAGCAAUUUAUUUGCAAUAGUUUUUAUUAGUUAAUUGUUUUUGACAGGCUUUUUUUUUUCGGUUCCAUUGAUUACACGUAAUUACGUCGAACACGGUGCUGUACGGAUAUUCCUCGGUUAUGUAUUAUGGUAAAAUUAUUAUCGCUACAUUUAAGUAUAUCUUCGAGAAACAGACACGUUAGGAAAAUAACUGUAAACAUCCAUAUUCAUUGUUUAGGUACUUAAGUAUAUCUAUUACCGAUGUCUCGAGAUAUCAACUCUUUUUUAGAAAGUAUUUUUAAGUCUAAUAUAAUAUUUCGUUACAUAAUUUUAAAUAGGAAAAUUUCGGUGGCUGUAAACAAAACGAAAAAUUUUGUAUAUUAAGGGUCUGUGGGGUGCCACUGUGAGGUCACCACCUAAAUAUUUUGCUAGGGUCGCCACUGGGUACAACUCUGCCUACCACUUCGGGAUGCAGGUGUGAUACUAUGUUAUGUUUUUAUUUUAUUCUCGGUACACAACAGACAUAUUCUAGAUUUUAGUAAAGAUCGCGCAAUGCCAUAUAAAGACACUUGAUAUGGAAAGAUUAACAUAAUUAUUAAUUAAUCGGUAGAUAGUUAUGACGUAAGUUAUUAAUUUAUCGGCUAAUAUUUCCAAAUAUUAAUCGUUUGAGAAAACAAUUAUUUAGUUAAGUGUUUUAAACAUAAUCAACUUAUGAGUGCUGAUUUGAAACGGUAUUAUUUUAUUGUUUGUUUGAUUGUUUAUUGACCAAAUUGGAGAUGUCCUUAUACGAUCUACUCUGAACCGGCGGCGUGCGUGCGUGUAUGAAGCGAUUGAUGAAUGUGGAGGGAGCAAGAGAAGUGUGUCAGGAUCGAAGCAAAUUUAAUUCUAUAGUCUCUGCUUACCCCGGUAGGAAAUAAGCGUGAGUUUAUGUACGGUCACGAGUACGAAUAUGUAUACAUUUUGAAACCAUGUCAAAUUAACUUUUUUUGAGAAAUUCAACCGUAAGUCUCAUUAAAUGUCAAAUAUGAUAGUGCGACAGGGUUCUAAAGUGGGUACAUGAUAUUGCUCAUGACUGUAUGUAUGUAUGUUGUUAUCUAUCGCUAUGCUGUGAAAUGAAGUACAACCACUAUAUUUAUGAUGUCUAGUGGCCUUUUCUAAUGAGAAGUUUUCUUAUAUCCGUCUGUGGUCUAGUCAGGCGAUGGAUUAAAUCCAUUAAAUAUUUUAUUCAAAUUAACUAUUUUUUUAAAACAGUAAAAGAAAAACAUUUUAAGUAUGGCUAAUAGUUAUUGCUGGUUGACCCUUAUUAUUGCACAAUAUGUAUGUAAAUGUAUGCAAGACAUAAAUUAAGAACCUUAUAAGUGUAAUUUUAUGUUUAUGCGUGUAAAUAUGUUAAUGUGUGUAUGCAGUGUCUCGAUGUUUGUCCAAAAAAAUGUAUUCUCAGCUUCACAUACCUAUAUAAUAUUAUUAUAUUAAGCUCGCUAUGUGUAGCAUUCGAGUUGCCAAGUACACAAGUGUUCAAAAAUGUGGCUAGUCGGUAAUUUUCGAUGCUUUUACAUUUUUAAGUACGUUUACUGUAACUUUUAUAACAUAGAGUUUUAACUGCAUUUUGUUGGAAAUAUAAAUAACAAAGUAGAGAAGUAGAUGCAUAACGCGCACGGUACACAGCAAUCGUAUCGGUGAAGGGAGUCCGUCGCCUCGAGGGUAACCAGUCAUCUGUCAUGCUGGUCUAAGUCGACAGACGAUCCCAUGUGCUGGUCUAGGUCAUUGACAGCAAUCAGGUACCUGAUAUAAAACUCAUGAUACUAUUUUUUGUAGACAGUCGACCGCUUACUGAACAUUCAGAAAACUUGCUAUUAGUGAUGUGUCGACUAUUAGGAAAAUUGAAAAACGGCAUUCAAUUAUGUUACCUUCAAACUGCAGAAAAUAUUGAAGGCCAGUAUUGUAGUCGCAACUGAUUCGAAACUGACUCAUUGCGUUGCUUUUCAGUUGCAACUGCAGCUUCAGUUGCUAUACCAUCAGGCAUAGUUGAGCCAACAUACAUGGCCAAUACAAAAAAAAAUGCAUGAAACAAGAAGUCAGUGAAAAUAACUUUAAACAAUAUUCGAAAUAAUUAGCACGAAAGAAUGAAAUAUAUAAGUAUAAUAUUUACAAUAAAUCAUCGCGGUAAGUUAAAUAGCUGAUGUUGUGGAAAUGUUCUAGUUUCGUCCCUUUCAUGUGUAUUUCUACCUUCAGAAACAGUAUUUUAAUACAAAGCAACUAGUACUAGUAGAACAAUUGAUAAUUGGCAUUGCAAAAAAAAAAUAACUGAAAUAUUUAAAAACGGACCUACUAAAAUAAUGAUUUGUAAAUUACGCGAAUGGCUAAUUAGUGAUAGUUUUUGUAACAUUAGUGAAUUUUUGAAUUUUAAUAUUUGCAUGCUAAUAAUAAUUAGCAGGAUAGAGAUUCUGUAACACUGACUUCCACCAUAUUGUGAGUACGUACUUACCUAUCCUAAGCGAAUAAAUGAUUUCUGAUUUCUGACUCGACUAGAUAACAAAAACCUUACGCGGCACAUCUCUAUAGUGUGUAUACAAUACGAGAGUUCAAGAAGUGAUAUGUGUAAUAUGAUGCCUUAGAUAGUGCCAUGUGGAUUGUGAAUGAAUGUUAUAUUUAAGUAAUGUUGUAAUCAUAUUUAUAGAAGUUGUGUGAAUGAAGCAACGUGGGUUCGACAAGCUCAAAGAGCGAUGAGUGAAGUGCAAUUGCACAAAGUUCGGUAAGUAGUAUUUAUUCUAUAUGGUUGGUCGCCGCGGUCUAGUGGUUAGAGCAAGCGAUUCGCGAUAUUUGAGGUAAUAGAUUAUAUUCUUUGUUGGAACGUGACUAAAAUAUUUUGUCUCUAAAGACUGCCUCAAGUAGUAAACCUGACAAUUAUAACCUUAUCUCUAAAAAGGGACAUCAGCUCAGCAAUAUGUUGUGACCCUCCGACAUUGAGGGAGUGCCACAACGCUGAUUUUCAGCUGUGCCCCAAAACUUCGAUUGAAAUGUCUUUGGUAUCUCAAUAAUGAACUUGAUUUGGUCAUCGACCUCACAAGUCCUACGACAGAAGUUUAUUUACAAUAUAAUAAGCUCUUUGAUUUUGUUGUAUCUUGUUGUAAUUUCGGUGUAAACGUUCAAUUGUAAUGUUGUUGUCGUCUGGGGAUUUCAGUGCAUUUAAUAUUAUUAUGUAAUAUUUACGUCUAAGUAUUACCAUAUAUAGCUUGCCUGUGAUAGUGGCAGAAGAACGUAUCAUGAACGAGCAUACUCCAUCGCAUUCCUGCGGUGAAUUGUAACAGAAUAACUGUGUUAUUGUGGAAUUAAUAUUUACAAACUAUUGAAGUCCCUACUUUAUUACAGGCAAGCUAUAUUUUUAGUGAGCGUAAGUACAAUAAUUUUGCAGCUGUUUAUAUUGAUUUUACUUGUAUUUGGAGAAGUUUUGUGUAGAAUUUGGAAAUGAAAUUAAAUAUAUUGAGUUUUGGAUUUGUUUACAAGAAUGUACUAUUUCGUACGUAAUAAAUGCUAAUUAUUUGGCUUGUUUUGCCAA